AUGAUUUAUUAUGCCAUCCAAUUAUCAACGAAUGUUAACUCGGCUAUAAUUCCACACACCUCUCUAAACGACGUAUGUAUUAAUAAUUUAUGUGAAAAUUCAACCACGGAUUACAGUGAUGAUAAAAUAAGAGAAAUUUUAUUAAAAAAUCAAGAAUUUGUACCAUUUUUUGGAAAUGUACUCGAUGUACAAAGAUCAAACGAAUUAAAGCGACCAUCUAGGAGUUUGAACAACAUUAACGACCAAAAAUACAACAUGUGUUCAACUGAAACUAUUACCAUAUUUCCACGAAGAGGAUUUACCGUUGAUUUUAAGGAAAAAUUAAUUGUGAAUAUUCCUGGUUAUCGUCAAAUGGUUACAUAUGAAGCUUGCCGAGAACAUGGUAAAGAAUGUUAUGGUAAUGAAUAUUACCCAAUUGGAAUGAGUAGUAUCUGUGAAACGCAAUAUAUCUUGAUUCGUUUAGUUGUUCUAAACGAAGGAGAGCAUUUAGAUUUAGAACAAUUUUCUGUUCCUUCCGGUUGUUCCUGUAUGUAUAAAUUAUAA